CCGCCUCCGCCCCCGACGAUCCCACGGCGGACGCGCAAAAAGGCUUCGUCUUUUAUGCGUGUCGUGCAGCGGCACGCGCAAGGGCGGAGAUGGAGAACCCUCGCGUUCGGGCGCACGCACACGCCGACAGCUUCGCUAAUGGCUGCCUCCCUCCCUCCACGCCGUAGUCAUUGCCUCUGCUUCUGCCUCAAUUUUAAUGAAAGCGGGCCAAUGAUAUCUUCUCGUCUUCGGAGGCUCUCAUCAUAAAGGGCGGACGAGAUAUGUAUAUAUAGUGCGCCCACGGCAGUGCUUCCCAAUAGGCACCUCGUAGGGAGGGGCAUCGAGCACCUCCUUCAACCUGCCACUUUCCCUGCUUCUUGUACUUUGCGAUCUACCUAUACACUGUAGGGUCCCCUCAUAUAUAUCUUAUUCCUGUCUCUAAUCCGUGGAUCGCACCGCUUUCAGCAUGCCGUGGUUGUCGUCCGGUGGAUGAUCAACACCAGGCGUGUUCUCGAGUGCAGUCCGGUAAGGUUCUCCAGCUCUCCGUGUUGGCCGAUCUGAGGAAAGCAGAGAAUGCACAUUGAGGUCACAGGGAAUAGAGAUCGACCGGUGGGGAAGGUUGGGGGCUCUAUAAUGAAUGAAAGGAUCAUUGCUUAUUGUCAAUUCUCGCAGGUAUGCCAGGCAGAGUACUUCCGUCAGUUGCUUAAGCCCGUCACGUAGUUUGAGCGCCAGUUGAUCUGCAAUCUCCGUUCUAUCCCUUUUUAUCAGUUUCGAUUCGACAGCCUCAGUUUCUUUCUGAAUAUCCGGCGACAUCAAGUUAUUCUUCCCACCCACAGAGCUCACGAUGCAGAGGAACCCAAGAUAUUACGGCGACGCGCCGCCCGACGACGCAUAUGAGUACGGAGGCUAUGCUUAUGAUUCCGAGGGCGGUGGUGGGGGUGGCGGCUACUACAACUACGGCGCUACGCCGCCACAAGCUUACGGCGCCGCCCCUGUUUCCGGUUACGAGUGUCAUGACUUCCCGGCCCCGCUCAACAACGUUGAGUUCCGGCCGUCGGAGACCUGCCCCAGGAACUUCGUCAUCUUCGACCAGACCUACCACAGAAGUCAGGUGAUGUUCCACCCCUCGCUCGCCCACAAGUUCGGGUCGCCAGGCUUCGACGCCUGCGGCGGAGGAGCUCCUCGCGCCGAUGAGGCAGGCAAAAGUGCGUACAGGGACAAUGACGAAGAGACGGAAGACAUCGACGCGCUGCUGAGCUCGGAAGAGGAGGAGGAGGAGGAGGACGAGGAGGACGACGACGUGGUAAGCACGGGGAGAACUCUUGGUCGCUGGGCCGGCGUCAGUUCGCAGGACACCGCUUGUUCGUCGCAGUCCGACUCCAAGUCUAAGAAUAAGCAGGUUUCUUCGAUUACUGCCGGAGGUGGCAGUGGGAAAAGGCAGAAGAUGAAGAAGAUGGUGAAGACGCUGAAAGGAAUCAUCCCCGGCGGCGAUCGCAUGGAUACUCCUGCUGUUCUUGAUGAAGCCGUCAAGUACCUGAAAUCGCUGAAAGUGGAAGCGAAGAAGCUAGGAAUCAAGCACAGAUGAGCACAGUCAACUUUCAUCUCAAUCAACUUCCAUGAAUUUUGUAGGUAAAUGGUAACAUCAAUUCUUGAGACCAGAAUUUUAAUGCGAAAGAAGAUGGAUUUGGAACAAGUUUGCAAGACGAUCGAGGCGCGCGCGCACACACGUUCAUGAUGUUCAGACCAGUGCUGUAAAUCCAUGCUUUGCUUUAUUCCCUUUUUGUUUUUAAUGUCCAAUGUUCCUCGUCUGAACUUUCUUUAAUUUCAGUAUAUAUCCUGCAGCAAUUAAACCGUGGAUUGUGGUUCUGGAGUACAUCCAUCCACUUGGUGCCCACUCGAUUAUUGGAACUACAAACUAUAAUUAAAUUGUUUGCCUUGUGGAAUUUCUUCUCGUCGCAAUGUUGCUU